AUGACUAACACCGAGGCGCUUAUGACCUGGGCGAGAGAACGUUUUCUGCGCACAAAACAGAAACUGAAACGAACCAUGAUUUCGUCCGCGGACUGGCCACCGCCAAAUCUUAUCUACUCCUCCAGCGUCACGGGUCAUUUGAGGACCAUAGAUGUCCAACAUGAAAAAAUUAAAAAACCAUCGCACGCUGAGACUGGUCUCAGUUCUACUGGUGUUGAGCACCAAUCUGGGCGCGCUAGAGGUCAUUCCUCUAGGGUUUUCCUCGACGAAACUUCAACAGGCCGUUUUGUCAGUGCAAAUGUGGAGAAAGAUAGAGAGUUCCACGAAGACAGUGGACUGCAAGGGCAGCAGCAGCCGAAAGCGAGGAAGAAGAGUGUGGAUGAGAUGAAGGACGAGGAAGACGACGAGGAGGAUUGCUCACGUCGCUGGCUGGGUUCCUGCUGCUGGAGGGAGAGAUCGGAGCGGCGACAAUCCCAUCGACUAUCCAGUAUGCUCUCAGGGACCUACAAAAUACAGCGCAAUCACCAUUCUGCCCGAACCCCACACACCUCCACUCAAUUGAGGCUCAAGACAGGACCCGAUGGCAGUCUCAUAUGUGAGGACAACGUGGACAUCAAUAUGCUGAUUGCAGGUUUUCGAGAGUUUGAGAAGCACUUCCAGUACGGUGCUCUCAUGCCCUUCGUGAACGUUCUACCAACACAGCUAGGCCCGACGGCGGAGGAGUGUUCAUUGCAAGAAGCCACUGAGGAUACGGAAGUCAGUGAGAGCUCGGUACAGGAACUCGAGGGACCGAAGUCCCUGUGUCGGACAAGACGAACUCCUUCGAAGGAUAAGAGAGUGAGCUUUGCAGGUCUCCGGAGCAUAGAAGUGGACUACGUCUAG